CGCAUUUUCUUUUCGAAGUCAGAGUCGCGUGGAACUAUCGACGCUCCGUCGUCUUUCUCUUUCCUUUUCUCUAUCCAUUUCACUAUCCUCCUUCGAUUCUUCGUGUCUUAUCGUUCAGUUACCUUACACGCGCGUAUUUUUCCUCAACGUGUAUUUCCCUUUUCUCUCGCUCGCGCCAAAAAGAACGUUUUCCCACGAAGCUCCAUCUGUCUGCAAGUCAACAGCGGGAAAUACGAUUUUCUUGAUCGGGUAUACCCGAUAAGAGAGGAUCUCGCGUCAGUGAACUAUCGUGUACCGAACGCUGCAUCCGAUAACCCUUCGACUUACGGUUGCAACUGUAAUUUCCGGCGACGCUGCCGCGAAGAGGCAUGGCGCAAACUUAUAAUCAAAAGAGGAACGUGUACAGCAUCGAUCAGAUAUUAGGACACGGCAAGGACGAAGAUCACGCGACGUCGUCCGAUGCCAUCGGUGAUGCCGGAGACACAGAACUCGGUCAUCUGAGUGAUCAUCAGAUAAACGAUGGCCUGCACGACCCUUUAAAUCUGGGAGAGUCGGACCGGUUAAAUCUAGGAGAAUCGGAUCGGCCACGCAAGGUUCGAAGGUCCCGCACUACGUUUACCACGUACCAGCUGCACGAGCUCGAGAAGGCCUUUGGAAACACACAGUAUCCAGAUGUGUUCACCAGAGAAGAACUCGCGAUGAGGCUAGACCUUUCCGAAGCUAGGGUGCAGGUCUGGUUUCAAAACCGGCGUGCGAAAUGGCGUAAGAAGGAGAAAGUACUCGGCAGAGACACCAGUUUUAUGCACGUCGAACAAAGUGGUGUCAACGAGCUGUCCCUUCACGCCCGCCUGCUCCAAACCGCCGGCGGUGUGCCAGGUGCGGAUCCAUCGACAGGACCAGCGGGUGCCUUUCCCUGGUUCAUCCCGCCGGUGUUCCCACCGCCGUGGCCGGCCAGCGCGCCAAAGCUGCCCCCCUUGCACGCGAUCCUGUCUCAGUAUAUUGGCCUACCCCUUCCGCAAAACCUGGCGUCUCUGAACACCGUUCUUCCGGUCGGCUUGAACCCGGCCUCGACCCUCAACCACAACAACGUUAAUGGACACACGCUUGGAAGUCACAUACCUGGACAUCCACUGAACUUAGGCAUGCAGAAUCUGCCGCAGAAUCUCAGUUCGAAGCAUGACAAGGAGGAGGAUUCCGCUUCGUCGGACGAUGAAAUCAGAAGGCAAAGCGCGGAGGUGCUCAGAGUGAAGGCAGAGGAAGUUCUACGCAAAGUGGAUAAUUAACUGUGGACGUUCGAAAAUUUAUCAGCGGCCUGAUGUAAAUAUGACGGGGAAUGGAAGACGCUGAAACAAGAGCCGGAUUCGACGUUGUCGAAUGCCUUGACUUCGUAGUAAAACAAUGAGGGGUUAAAUCAGCGGAGUAUCGAUGGUUAGGGUCUCAGGGGUGGAACCGGAAGAAUUUCGUGCGAUCGCUCGCUUCGAACGAAACGCAACAAGCUAGUCUGUCAAGUUAUUCGAUACAGGCGUUUAAAUUGAGCCGAAAAGUGUUGAUGUUGAAACCGCUGGCGGUUUUUUGACGAUGCAGGGUAUUUUUUGUUAUUUAUAAUCGUGAUACAUCUUAUCACCUUUGUUCUUUUUCAAUCUUUUUCGAGAAAUGACUACCGACGUAUACGUAUAAAUGCAAUAUGAAAGGUAUUGGUUAAUGAAUAGCCCUAUGGAUUAUUGUAUGGUUUCGGAAAUUACUAGAUUUUGUUACUUUUCAGCGCGUGAACAUGAUGUUGAUGGUAAUUUUUACCAAAACCGUAGGAUCGUUCACGACCUUUCCUCGAAAUACUAACGAAAUUGCGCUGACGAUCCAAUUUCUUCGAAACCAUACAGGAGACGAUCAUCCGGCGGACAAAGAAGUUUUGUAACA